AUGCCGGCCACAAGAUGUGCUCAUCGAUUGAGUUCGAAUAAGAAGACUGAGCGGGUGGAGACAUUGAUCACGUUUAUGAAGACUGCACAACAGCAACAGGUAAGUUUCAUGAAAAUUCAAGAUUCCCCUCCUUUUUUGUUCGAAAAUCCAUCAAAUUCUCAAGUUACAGGGCUCCAAAGCCGAAAAAUGCACAAAUUUUCACCCAAAAUAGGCAAAUGCGCUCUAGCGAUAAACAAAACUGCGUGUUCCCAAGCGCCCAUUUUAUAUGCGAAAUUUUCGACUAGAGAAAAAAUGAGGCGGGUGGCCGAGUGGUUAGCAUUCGUGCCGAGCUAUUGCGCAACCCGGGUUCGACCCCCACCCGGCGCACAACUUUUUUUUCUUUUUUUUUGCAUUGAAGAUUUUCGAACGUAAUUCAAUUUUCCCCAUAUGUCACUGGGGAAUUCUUCAGAGUUCAAAAAACCAAGCAACAAUUUUGCCACGUCAUACUUAACUUCUCUAUAAAAAUAUCGAUUCUCCCCAAAAAAAACCUUGUUUUGAUUAAUUGCACUCAACACCUGACCAAAAAAAAGAGAGAAAUGAUACAAAAAAUAUCUUUUCCAGCUGUCAACCAAGUUACACGAUCUCUGGGCUGUGCCACAAAGUUCAAUCACCGAAAUGCGACUUCUCCUAACUCUGGGUGCCGAUCCAACAUCGCUGUAUUUAGAUGAUUAUGGCGAGAAAACGCUGAGAGAUCGUUUAGACAAUGGAAGUGUUUGUGAGGAAUGUGAACCAAAAUGGAAAGCAUUUUUAGAAUUAGCUGGACAUAUUUAUGAAGAAAUGUGUGAACAAACACCAAUAAAUAUUGAUAGAUCAAAAAGACCCGAAGGUGUUUUGCCACUUUGUUUAGAUGGUGGUGGAAUGAGGGGAUUAGUCUCUGUUGUAUGUUUACUUUUUGCCUCUCGACGUCUCCUUGGCGAUGAAUCACUUCCACAAUAUUUCGAUUGGUUGAUCGGAACAUCAACCGGUUCAAUGUUAGCCCUCUCAUUGGCCAAUGGUCUAAGCAUAUCGCAGUGCUUUUUUCAAUAUUGGGAUAUGAAGACCAAGAUUUUUUUGAAAGGCUCCACUUUCAAUCGACUGCUGGGCGAUCAGGUGGCGAUUCAGACGAAGAAUAUUGAUAAGAUUUUGGAGGAGGCUUUUCCCACGGAGACAUUGCAGGGAUGUUCGAAGAGGUUGACGAUUCCGGCGUUGGAUAUUAGCACAGUUCCGGGGAGGUUGCAUGUGUUUAGGUGAGUUUUGGGCGGGAGCUUGUGGCCAGUUACUCUCUAGCUGUCUGAGUACUCUUUGUCUCUAGCUGCCUGCUUUUUCUUUGUCUCUAACUUUCUAGCUGUCUGGUUUCUCUCUGCGUCUCUAACGGUCUAUAAGCUGUCUGGUUUCUCACUGUCUCGUAAUUCUAUAUCAUCUCUAAUCAAGCUAAGCUUCCCUUACUCUGCGUCUCUAACUGUCUAUAAGCUGUCUGGUUUCUCUGCGUCUCCCAAUUCUAUAAGCUCUCUAAUCGAGUGAAACUUCCGAGUCGAUUUUUGAGGAAAUGUUUUUUUUGAAAUUUUCUCGAACUAUGACGUGUCAAUUUUAAAUUUCUGGCCUAAAAUCAAUAAUUUCAGCUCUGAGAAAAAAAAUGAAAAUUUAAAUUUUUCUUGAAAACACGUAGAGUUCAAUGGAGCGCAUUUUCCAUUUUUUGUCGAUUUUCGGUCAAAAUCAAACGUUUUUCAUGUCUAGCUGCCUGAUUUCUCUGCGUCUCUAACUAUAUAUAGCUGUCUGGCUUCUCUGUGCCUCUAGUUUCAUUGAAAUUCACAACAACAAAAACUUUGAUCAACAAAUAUUCUUAUCAAAAUUUUUCCAACCAACAACAAAAAAAUAAGCCUAGCGCUUAUAAUCACCGAUAAAAACACAAAUCAAACUUUGUCAGAAAUUAUUCAUUCGACCAUUCAUUCGGCGCGGCUGUCGAUGAGGAACAAGAUGUUUUGUUCCGCGAAGCUGCUCGAGCCAGCAGUGCAGCUCCAACGUAUUUCGAACCCUUUGAGUAUGGCUCGAAGGUUUUGGUUGAUGGAUCUUUUGUGGCCAAUUAUCCGUUGAAUGUGCUUUUUAAGGUGAGUGGGGAACCCUGGCUUUGCCCCUUUACCACCCUGUAAUUCCUUACAGGAAUAUGAUCUAUUCGUCAAACACAGUCAUCCAAUCCAUCUCGCCGGUGUUCUAAGCAUCGGAACUGGUGAACCAGCGCUCGUCGAGCGAAAAUAUAAAACCGGCAAAAGCAUCAAAGCAAAAGCGAAAAACAUCGGACACUUGUCAACGUUGAUUUUGGAACAAGUUGUUGGUCAAGAUUUGACAGCUGUUGAGAUGGCUCAAGAUAGAUGUCAUGCUCAUAAUAUUCCAUUUAAUCGACUGAGUCCGAAGGGUAUUAAUGUGAGAAUUGAUCAGAUUGAUGAUGCCAAGUUGAUGGAUAUGAUUUGGACGAGUUUGGUGUAUUUGGUGAGUUCAUAGGCUUGAAGAGCUUUCAUGCCAAGUAGCCACGCCUAGAGAUCGUUGUUCUCAAGUAGCCGCGCCUAAAGAACCCAGUUGUCUAGGACCCACAUCUAGAGAUCCACUCUGACAAGUAGCCGCGCCUUGAGAACCUAUAUACCAAGAGGCCGUGCCUAUAGAACCUUGGGGUCAAGUAGCAGCGGCUAGAGAUUCUAGUUUUCAAGUAGCCGCGCCUAGAGAUCGUUGUUCUCAAGUAGCCGCGUCUACAGAACCCAGUUGUCUAGGACUCAUAUCUGGAGAUCCAUUCUGACAAGUAGCAGAGCCUAGAAAACCUUGGGGUCAAAUAGCGACGCCUAGAAAUCAUAGGUGGCAAGUAACCGAGCCUAGAGAUUCUAGUUUUGAAGUAGCCACGCCUAUACAUAGAACCUAUUUGUCUAGGACUCAAAUCUGGAGAUCCACUCUGGCAAGUAGCCGCGCCUAGAGACCGUUGUUCUCAAGUAGCCGCGCCUAUGGAACGUUGGGGUCAAGUAGCCGAGGUUUGAGAUCGUUGUUCUCUAGGAGCCACGCCUAGAGAUUAUAGUUUUGAAGUAGCCACGCCUAUAGAACCUUGGAGUCAAGUAGCGACGCCUAGAGAUCGUUGUUCUCAAGUAGCCGCGCCUAUGGAACGUUGGGGUCAAGUAGCCGAGGUUUGAGAUCGUUGUUCUCUAGGAGCCACGCCUAUAGAACCUCGGGAUCAAGUAGCCGCGCCUAGGAAUCCAAUUGGCAAGUAGCCGCGCCUAGAAAGUUUCAUUGUCAAGGAUCGGCGCCUAGAAGAGCUUGUUCUCAAGUAGCCGCGCCUUGAAAGCCUAUACACCAAGUAGUCGCGCCUAGAAAAUUCAAGAGAUCCAUUAAACCUUCUUUCUCUCUUUCCAGAUCGAAAACCUAAACGAAACCGAUCAACUCGGCCAAAUGCUCCACAAACUCUUAUCCGAUCCGACCGAGCGAAAAAGAAGAAGCAACACUGUCCUCUAG